AUGGUGCAGAAGAUGAGCCACACUGAGAGCACCGCGGAAGCGCUUUCCUCAUUUUUCAGUGGGGAUUCAAGCUCCGGGGCGAGCAUGGACCUGGACCCCGCUGAUUCGCCCCUCUCCCCCGGCUCCACAGCCUCCUCCGCCGGGGACAAGCUGGGAGACAACCCGGCGUGGUGUAAAACUCCGAGCGGCCACAUUAAAAGACCCAUGAACGCAUUCAUGGUGUGGUCCCAGAUAGAAAGGAGGAAGAUUAUGGAACAGUCUCCUGAUAUGCACAACGCCGAGAUCUCUAAACGGCUGGGAAAGAGAUGGAAGCUCCUCAGAGACAGCGACAAGAUCCCCUUCAUCCAGCAGGCGGAGCGGCUGAGACUGAAGCACAUGGCGGACUACCCCGACUACAAGUACCGGCCCAGGAAGAAAGUCAAAUCAAGCGCUUCCAAGCCGGGAAGUGGAGGGGAAAAGGUGGAAAAAGUAAGCAGUUGCUCGAACAGCACCAGCAUAAAGUCUUCCACAUCUUCGAGGAAGAGUGGACUCAAAUCACCCUGCAGCAAAGCCCAUAAAUCACUUUUCGGGAACAGCAGCAGCACCAAAGCCUCACUGUUUGCCUCCGAGCAGCCGCCGGAUAACCACCUCUACAAGUCCAAGGCGGUGCCGUCCACAGCCAAGCAGGUAUCGGAGGGCAAGAGGGCAAAGCGGGCGUACCACGUCUACGGAGGCGGCUUGAGCGUCAGCCCCGCGUCGUCAGUCACAGUCCCAGCCAGUCCCACGCUGAGCAACUCGGCGGACUCCAGCGACCCCCUCAGCCUGUACGAGGACGUUUCCAGCGGCAGAGAGGAGGGGAGCGAAUCCCCGGGCAGUAGUAGCGGAAGCAGCGGUAGCCCGAACGGCUCAUCGGGGCGUUUCGGCGGGCAAACGUACAACAGUCGGCGGGCUUCGUCACCUACUCCCUCCGGCUCUCACUGCUCCGCCUCCUCGUCGUCGUCUUCCUCCUCGGAGGACGAAGAGUUCGAGGACGACCUGCUCGACAUGAACCCGAGCCCCAACUUUGACAGCAUGUCGCUGGGGAGCUUUGGCUCCUCUGUGCUGGACAGGGACUUGGAUUUGAACUUUGAGUCCGGCUCUGGGGGCUCUCACUUCGAGUUCCCCGACUACUGCACACCUGAAGUCAGCGAAAUGAUUUCCGGGGACUGGCUGGAAUCCACCAUUUCCAACCUGGUGUUCACAUACUGA